AUGUCGGAACAGAACAAGAUCGCCCUUGUCACAGGCCUGACGGGCUUCGUCGCCACAGAGAUAGCCCUACGCUUCCUACAAGCAGGUUAUACCGUCAGAGGAACCGUUCGCUCGACGGCAAAGGGCGAAGCAUGGAAGUCGCUCGAGCCUCAAAAGCAAUACGGCGAUCGCAUCCAGCUUGCCGUCGUUCCUGAUAUGCUAGCAAAGACGGCCUACGUAGAGGCAGUCAAAGGCGUCAGCGUGUUUUUGCAUGUCGCUUCACCCAUUCCAGACUUUGCCAAGCCGAGCACGGACCAUGAGAACGUCUUGAUCCGGCCAGCCAUCGAAGGCUCUCAAAAUGCAUUAUAUGCCGCUCUUGGCGAGCCGACAGUCGAAAAGUUCAUACUAACAUCAUCGACUGCUGCAUCUCAGAGUCCGGCAGUCUAUGGCGAUGCCUCGAAAUGGAUCUCGCCGCAGACGUGGAAUCCGACUACCUACGAGCAAGCAAUCGACCCUCAGAUGCCCGCAAUGCUUGCCUACGCCGCUUCAAAGGCGCUCGCAGAAAAGGCUUUCUGGCAAGCCGUCGAGACGCAGAAGGCUCACUUUGAGGCUGUCGCAAUCUUGCCUGGCAUGGUCUUUGGACGCUCCCAUAGUCCGGUAGCAGAUCCCAAGAAACCCAUCACGGGCACGAAUGAGAUGCUCUACAAUAAUUCGUUCAAGACUGAUGGGGAUCCUGCAAGCCCACUUUCGCGAACGUUUGUGUCGGUCAAGGAUACCGCAGAAGCACAUUUCCAGGCCGCUGUACGACCUGGAGUCAAUGGCAAACGACUCGUUGUGGGCUCACUUGGCUCGCCCGAUCGCUGGAUCGCAGCAUUCAAGCAGCACUUCCCCGAGCGUCAAUUUCCUCACCUACCGGCUGACUACGAGCCUGCGCCUAGCAUUCAGAUCGAUAGCAGCGCUACGGAACAGGUCCUCGGCUUCAAGCUGGAGACGCUUGAGGAGACUGCGCUCGAGGCGGGUCGAUACUUUCAGGAUGUUGUUGAGCAAGCUCCGCCAUAG